AUUCAUUAAAUUUUUAAUGACUGAUUUAAUAAAACAAUUAGAUGGCAUGUUCACAAGAGAACACCUAGAGAAAAAUAAAUACCUUCUAAAAAACUUGGACCCAAAUUUGAAUCUACCAAUAGUGGCACUUCAAAAAGAAUAUUCACUAGCAAAGCAUUCCAUUGAAGAAAUAUUAGGAGUAAUAUUAAUUAUAUAAAUUAUAGGCUUUAAAGCAAUGUAAAAAUUGCAAAUUGCAUGAAGGAUAUGUCACUCUCUUGAUACCUCCACACACAAAGAAUAUUAUAAUCAAUGAAAUCAGUUAAACAAAUGCAGAUUUCAAAGCUUACUUGAUUGAAAAAUAUCUGAAGAAUAUUGAGUGUGAAAUAGCAUUUGAAGGUGGAUGUUGUAGAGUGACAUUCAAGGAUGAUGAAGUGGGUUUGAAGUUUUUAGAUUAAGCAGUGAAUGAUCCAAAAGAUCCAUUAAAAGCAUAUGUAGAACCAGAAAAUGUUUAUUAAUCACUUACAAAGACACUAGGAUUCAAUAAUCAAGCACAAUACUUAUACCCUUAUAGUAAAAGUAUUUUAGUAUAUGUAGAUAAUUAAAUGUUCUAAAAUCUAUAUAUAAGAAAAGCUUCUGAUGAUGUUGCAGGAUAGAAUUAAAAUGAAAAGAUUAAUAAACCAUACUAUCCUCCAGUUCAAUAAUAAUAAUCAAAUCCAAGAAAAUAAUCAGGUUAAGAACGUAAGGGAAGUGAAUAAGUUGAGCAUUAAGAAAAAAAAACAAAAACUCCAACAUCAGGACCAAAAGAAAUUUAUGUUGAAAAAUAAUCACUAGAAAAAUAAGAAUAAAAUGUAAAAAAUGUUGAUAAACCUCCUAAGGUGUAAUAGAGUCCAGUAUAUAAUUUAUUAUUAUUUUUAGUAUGUUGAAAAAAAAUCAACUUCUAGAAAGACUUCUGAAUAAAUUCAACCAGCUAAACAUAAGUAUAUAUAAUGAUAUAUAAUCUUUAGAGGAAGCAAAGACAUCUAAGGAUCACCAAUAAGAAAGGCUACAGUUCAAUAUAAGAAAGAGAAUUUAAUUGAAAUCUUUAAAUCAAUUUAAGGAAACUUAAAAGCUAAUCCAAAACUUUAAAAAUUAAAUGAAUAAGAUAGAGCAUUGUUAUUAAGACAAAAUGGUGAAUUAACAUUAGAAGCUAUUCAUCCAACACCAUGUAUUAGAAAGGAAUCAGUAAUAAAAUUUAAUAAAUACUUAGUAUGCUUCGCCUUAAUAACAUAUAAAAUAAUCCCCUGCAUAGAUUCCAUAAAGAAAACCACAAUAAUGAUUAUUAAUAAUAAAUAUAAAAA